CGACAAGGAGCGAAAAACAGGCUGCCAAGUGCGCUCGGAGGAAGUGGCACUCGAGAGAAGUGGCACUCGAGAAGCUGCGGUAACAAGGCGAAGAGAGAAGAGAGUAGUAGUUGGCACUGGCACGAUGGCGGCUUUCUCCCUCACGACGAUAGGCCUGUUCGUGCUGCUCACUGUGCUGCGGAUGCAUUGAGCGAAGAUGCCGGGUCUCUGCCGAGGUUCGUCGAGAAAGUCCCCAAUAUCACCGUGACGGUCGGACGCGAUGCUCUCCUCCCGUGCACCGUCGAGCAACUGAAGAGUUAUAAGGUAGCGUGGGUACAAGUCGACACCCAGACGAUCCUCACCAUACACAAGCAGGUGAUCACGAGGAACCCCAGGAUCUCUCUCCUACACAACGACCACAGGACCUGGCACCUCGAACUCAAGAACGUGCAGGAGAGCGACCGUGGGUGGUACAUGUGCCAGGUGAACACAGAUCCUAUGGAAUCCCAGAAAGGAUACGUCGAUGUUGUGGUACCCCCCGACAUCAUUGACCGCGAGUCCUCCGGUGACCUGACCGUCCGUGAAGGUCAAGACGUGAACCUGACCUGUCGUGCCAAAGGUCACCCGACGCCGAACAUCGUCUGGAGGAGAGAGGACAACCAGAAGAUCGUCUUGGACGCCGAGAAGACAGGUGAGCCAAGAGCAGUAGUCCUGGAGUCGCGGCUGCAGAUGGGGUCCUACCUGUGCAUCGCCUCCAACGGGAUCCCCCUCCUCAGCAAGAGGACGCACCUCAGGGUCAAAUUCCCCCCGGUCGCGUGGGUGCCACAGCAGCUGGAAGGUGCCUACGUCGGCCAGGAGCUGACCAUUGAGUGCCACACCGAGGCAUUCCCGAAGAGUAUCAACUAUUGGACCAACACGAAGGGAGAUAUGAUCGUGGCAGGUGAGAUGGACGUCGGGGUUCAGGUGUACAUGGAGCUGAGGAUUCGUCGCGUGGAACCUGAAGAUUACGGAACCUUCAAGUGCAUCGCGAAGAACUCUCUCGGGGAAACGGACGGAGCCAUCAAAGUGUACCGAAACACUUAA